UCUGCCUCCUCCUCCUCCUUGGAUACCAAGUUACCAACGUUAAACCAAUCCCCAAGCGCAACUUGGCCUCCUCCACACCCUGCCCCGCCCCGCCGCGCCGAGCCCAGGCAAGCCGUCCUCCCCGUUUCUCCCUCUCGUCCUCUUCCUCACCCUCUCCAUCUCCGCUUCUCUGCGCUCCGGCUCCGCCGGCAAUGACCUUCUCUCAGCCGCUGCUGCUCCGGGCACUGCUCGCCCUUGUGGGGUCCCUCUGUCUGGGGCUGCUUGCCCUCUCAGGGGCGGCGCAAGAGCCAUACUGGGCAGACCUGCAGCCCCGGUCAGCACUCGUGGAGCGAGGGGGCUCGCUGUGGCUGAACUGUAGCACCAACUGCCCACGGCCUGAGCGGGGCGGGCUGGAGACCUCGCUUAGGAGGAACGGAACGCAGAGGGGGCUGCGCUGGCUUGCCCGCCAGCUGGUGGACAUCCGUGAGCCUGAAGCCCAUCCCAUCUGCUUCUUCCGCUGCGCUCGCCGGACCCUUCAGGCGCGUGGGACGAUCCUCACUUACCAACGACCAGAUCGAGUGGAAUUGGAGCCACUACCUGCCUGGUUACCUGUGGGUGAAAACUUCACUCUAAGCUGCAGGGUUCCGGGAGCUGGACCCCGGAGUAGCCUUUCUAUCACUCUACUUCGAGGAGCCCAGGAACUGAGCAGGCGGAGGUUCCCAGGAGACUCUCCAAGAGCCAGGGGCGCUAUGGCCACGUACACGGCCACUGCCCGAAAGGAAGACCACAGAGCCAACUUCUCUUGCCUUGCUGAACUGGAUCUGAGGCCCCACGGACUGGGGCUCCUUCAGAACAGCUCUACUCCACAGGAACUCCACACGUUUGCCUUGGCCCAAGGGCCUCCUAGCCUCAAAUUCCCCAGGCUCCUGGAAUUCGGCAGGGAGCAGCUGGUGAGCUGUGAGAUGGACAAGCUGUUCCCCGCUGAUGAAGCCCACAUACAACUGGCUCUAGGGAGCCAGAUGUUAAGCCCCAGGAUCACCCUGGAUGGGGACAAUCUGAGGGCUACGGCUACUCUCACUGUGAAAGAGGAAGAAGUUGAGGAUGAAGGGGACCAGGAGCUCACCUGUACCGUGACUCUGGGAGGGCAGAAUCGAAAGGCCCAAGGAAACCUGACAGUCUAUAGCUUUCCUCAACCCAACCUCACAACCAGUGAACCCAGUGUCAGGGAGGGCACUUUUGUGAAUGUGACCUGUGAAGCCCGUCCAGGUGCCCAGGUGCGGCUGGAUGGCGCUCCUGAACCUCCCCCGGGGGAGCCAGCCUGGCUCACAUUGACUGCUAGUGAAGAGGAUGAUGAGCGGGUAUUCACCUGCGAAGCUCUCCUGGAGGUGAAAGGAGAGAUACUUCGACGGAACCGAAGCCUAGAGCUUCAAGUUCUAUAUGGGCCACGACUGGACGAGGCCGGCUGCCCGGGGAACUGGACGUGGCUGGAGGGGAUGGAAUCCACCCUGCAGUGCUGGGCUCCAGGGAACCCGCCCCCGGAGGUGGAAUGCACCCGGCCCGAAGGGGGGCCGGCCAUCCCUCUGGGGCUCGCCCAGCCCAUCCGCCGGGACCACGCGGGCACCUACCAGUGCACCGCUUCCAACCUGGUGGGCAGGACCACGAAGGACGUGACGGUGGUGGUGGAGUAUGGGCCAGUCCCGGGUCCGUCAGGGGGCCCCGAGAGGCGGACGCGGCUGCUGAGCUGCCGGGCUCUGGGGGUCCCGCGCGCCCCCGGGGGCCGGGGCCCGGCCUCCGCAAACGUGUCCGCCACCGCGGAGGCGAAUGCGCCCAGCUUCGGGGAGGCCGGCUGCCCCGCGGCGUGGACCUGGGUCAAGGGCUCCGAGCGCCGCUUCUCCUGCGAGGCCGACGGGAACCCGGAGCCGGAGGUGCUGUGCGCCAGGGCGGGCAACCUGAGCCGCGAGGAGCCGCUCUCGCCGGCCGCGGGCGCCCCCCUGGGGCACGCCCCCGCCCCCGGGCUCUACCGCUGCCAGGCCACCAACAGCCGCGGCUCGGCCAGCAAGACCGUCACCGUCCGGGCCGAGGCCCCACCGCAGAUGGACGAAGCCAGCUGCCCCAGCCACCAGACGUGGCUGGAGGGCGCCCGCGCGCCGCCGCUGACCUGCGAGGCCCGGGGCAACCCCCCUCCCAGGGUCCAGUGCUCGCGGGAGGGGCCGCAGCGGCCGCAGCGGCCCAGCGUGUCCAGGGCGGACGCCGGGACCUUCCACUGCGUGGCCACCAACAGCCACGGCUCCGACUCCAGGACGGUGACCAUUGGGGUGGAGUACAGGCCGCUGGUGGCGGAGCUGGUGGCCGUGCCCCCGGGCAGGGUGAAACCGGGGGGCAACUUCACGCUGACCUGUCGGGCCGAAGGCUCCCCCCCGGCCCAGUACAGCUGGCGCACGCCGCCCGGCGCCCCCAACAUCGGCCUCUCGGGCAACAACAGCACCCUCAGCGUGGCCGGAGCCCUGGGCAGCCACGGAGGCGUGUACGAGUGCGCGGCGACCAACCCCCACGGCAGCCACGCCCUGCGGAUCACCGUGCACGUGGCCGGGCCCUGGCUGUGGAUUGUCGUGGGCGGCGUGGCCGGAGGGGCCUUGCUGCUGGCCGGCCUGGGCGGCCUCUCCUACUACCUCCAGUCCACGGCCUGUAAGAAAGGAGAGUACAACGUGCAGGAGGCAGAGAGCUCCGGGGAAGCCGUGUGUCUGAACGGGAGCGGGGCCGGCGCGGGGGGCGGCACCGCGGGCACCGCGGGCACCGCGGGCACCGGGGCCGAGGGGGGAGGGGCCGAGGUGUACUCCAUCCAGCUGACCUCCACGUGAGCCCUGCGGGGGCAGGAUUUCCCCUCCCCUUGUCCCCAGCCGGGUGGGCGGCCCCUCCCCCAGUAUUUAUUGAGUGUUUAUUUAUGGAGUCUGAGUGCCAAGGCAGCUGUGACCCAGGAUCCCUCGCAGCCCUCCACUCCCUGCCCCCCUGCGUUUUCUAUCCCUUAAUAAACUUUUUAUAAAUGA